UUGACGCCAUCUGUCGUCCAAUUUAUCGGUAAAAGCGAUGCAAACAAACCGUUGCUCAGAGUUUGCAAACAAACGCCCAAAAAAUGGCAGAAAAAGAGUCUUAACUGUCAUUCGCGGCCAACGAUGACGUCUUCGACCAAAUCCUCGCAGUCUUCGGGUGUUUGCGAACAUAAUUCUCUUAUUAGAAGACAAUUCGUAAAAAUCGAAAGUUUGGAAAAUCAAAUAUCACUUCUUCGGCUCGAAAGAGACUCUCUUUUGGAUGAAAACGAAAGAUUACACUUUCAAUUGCAAUGUUUAUCAGAAACUAAAGACCAAAGACAUGAAACCAAAAGGGGUUCUUCUCUCGACUCGCGUUCAGCCGACGCCGUCUUCGUGUCUUCUCGUGUGUCGUCCGACGCCUUUUCGCGUCGCUUUGAAGCACACGUCGCUCGCACUUCGACGUCGUCUCAGACGACGCUUUCGUCUCAAAGUCACGUGAAUCACGACAAUCACUACGAACUGUCGCAACAACUCAUUGACCGACGGGUCGACGCUCUCGAGCGGAAAUACGGUGGUCUUGUGGCGCGGGAGUCGGCCAUUCGUAUUCAGCGCGCUUUCCGCACAUAUCGUCUUCAGAAACGCUUCAAAAGUAUUGCAAUUCAAGCUCUGAGACAAACGCCUCAAAAGACUUCGUCGUCCGAGACGUCGUCCGACAGACGAAACGAUAGACGACUCGCAGAUCAAAGACGAGACACUUCUCAAAGCGAUACUCAAAGCACGCGUUCUGACGACUCUUCGGGCGCCACCAACGCCACUGUUUUUCUUCCCGAAUCACUUCUGGCCGCGGCCUCUACGACACCAACUUCGCAACAAUUCGAAUGCGAGCGAAAGCGGUCGUAUCGCGUCGGACUGAAUCUCUUUAACAAAAAUCCUCCCGAACGCGGUCUUCAAUAUCUGAUAUCAAAUGGUUUUAUUGAUUCCGUCGUCUCGGACGACGAACAAUCGACAGUAAUCUCUCGUUUUCUUCUCACGAGAAAAGGUCUUUCGAAAGCAAUGAUCGGAGAAUUCCUUUCUUCUCCCGCGUCAACCAAUCGUCUUGUUUUGUCCGCUUUUGUCCGCGAAAUCGAUUUAACCGGAUUAUCCGUCGACACUGCUCUUCGAAAGUUUCAGACAUUCUUUCGAUUUCCGGGAGAGGCCCAGAAAAUCGAGCGAAUGGUGGACGCCUUUGCCGAUCGUUUUUCGGUUUGUAAUCCGACUUCUUGGUCUCGCGAUUCGGUGUUUAUUCUGGCUUUCGCCGUGAUUAUGCUCAAUACGGAUCUUCAUUCGCCGACAAACGCCAGACACCGAAUGACUGCCGCGCAAUGGCUUCAGAACUUGAGAGGAGUUUUCGGCGAUGAUAACGCCCCUGACCAGGAUCAAUUACUUCAAGUCUAUCAACGCAUUAAAGCCCAAGAACUGCGGACGGGAGCCGAUCACGUGACUCAAGUGCUGAAAGUGCAGUCGGCUCUCGUGGGUUCACGUGGUCAGAGUGUUCCGAAUUUAUGCGUUGAGUGGCGCCGUCUGGUGUGUUAUUGUCGUCUCUAUGAAGUGAAAGACGUCAACAAAAGAGAGCCGAAAGACAGACAUCAAAGGGAACUGUUUUUAUUCAAUGAUUUGCUUUUAGUCACAAAACUCACGCCAAAAGCCAAACAACAAAACCAUUUACCAGAAUAUCAGUUCAGAUCGACUCUCGCUUUGGACCAACUCAUUGUCCAACUCUUCUCCACGCAAUACCACAGAUUCGGAAUUCACUUAAGACGUCGUCUCGACAACGGCGCCAUUUUGUCUUCUUUCAAUGCUCGCAAUGAAUUGGAUCAAAAGAGAUUUGCCGACGAUUUACGCGAAUCCAUCGCAGAAACCAGAGAAAUGGACGCCAUUCGAAUACACAAAAGCACCUCCCUCCUCCAACUCAAGGAGGCGCCCCUCCCCACACCAUCGCCCGCCCCCGCGCCCGCUUUAGCGCGUCGCAAGUCGUCUUCGGGAAGUCUGGAUUCUGGUUUAUCGCUGCCGUCUCGCGAUCAUUCGCCGCAGACGCAAACGAGUGGUUCUUCGGCGCCGAAGACGUGA